UAUAUAUUCUGUUUUCAGAAAGCUUCAUGACAGACGGCCCGUAAUGGGAGCGAAAGCGAAAAAACGUAACGUCUCUGGAGGUAAAGUUUUAUCAAAAUCUUCGGGAUACACGUCAGGUAGUACAAAAACUGUUAAUGAGUCCUCGUCCACAAGGUUGUCGCAAGGCGUCAUUGUGUUAGUAGGGUUAGCGGUUCUCGUAGCCCUCAUCUACCCUCAGUUCUCAGACCUAGCUACCAACACAGAGGCGACACGGUCUGACCAAGGACAGCCGGAGUCAGGGAGCGAGUCAGGAACGUCUGAUGAUAUCGCUUCUCUACAGAAUGACGUCAGUGAUGACGUACCUGUGUUCAAACGGAAUGACCCUAUGACAGACGAGGAAAGUGAUUCUGAAACAAUACAGAAUACCGUCCCUUUAACUCCAAAAGAAGAAAAACCAACCAAUCCUUCCAAGGACGAUGGUGCUUCCGUUCAGGGUAAGAAAACAAAAUCAAAAACAAAAUCUUCAGGGACGAAAAAGAGGUCAAAAAACAAUAAGAAAGGCGGAUCAAGUCCUUCUAGGAAACAGGCCGGGGAGUCUUCUCCUACUUCUGAUUCAUCAAAUGAGGAAAAACUACCAAAAGAGGUGAGGGACUUCAAAGCCACUUUCCAGAAGACGAUGAAACCAAAGAAAAUCUUCGCAGACGGGAGGAGACUGCCGCCAAUUGAGCUGUUACCACAGAAACCAAACAACAGCAGCGUCAAAGUAUUCCUGUAUAACGAGUUUCUGUCAGAGGCGGAAUGUGAUGGGCUCAUGAAGGCCCACGACAGUCACGUGACACAAGCCAACAAACACGACCCCUUCGUCUGCUUCGACUCCAUCACCACCCUUAGACAGCACCUCAAGGCCAAUGGUAUCAAGGUCAAGGUCACUCCUCAGGAUUUCAUGCCAGAUACUCUUUGUGUGAACGCCACCUUCUCCAGCCAGCUCAAGUCCUGGUUUCAUUCCAAUUGGAGCUACAGCACGGCGUUCUAUCCAGGAGAGAGCAAGUUUUCCAAGGUGUUCGAGUACAGGGUAAAAGAAGCCACCGGUCUUCUUCCAGAAAAUGGCGGGAAGUUUCAGAUUACGUCAUAUCCUAUCGGAAUAGGAUACAAGACACACACCGACUGUGUAGAAAACACCAGUGAUCUGCGGGACCGUGUGGCUACCAUACUUGUGUACCUUCAGGACGUAGAGGAGGGCGGGGAGACCAUGUUCCCGGAACUAGGUAUAUGGGUGAAACCAAGGAAAGGAAGAGCACUAGUGUGGAACAACAUGAACGAGGAUGGCAGAUGUGAGCCAAUGUCCAUCCAUAAGGCGGCCAAGGUGGACAAGGGUCACAAGUACAUUCUGCAGAGAUGGUAUUACUACAAAAGCUUUUACUCGCUGGGUAAGCGACCACCGGAACCGGAAAUACCGCGUCGGGCAGAACUUCAGGGGCGUGUCUCAUGUGAUGAAUAUCAGCACGGAAGUUGUCGUUGGUAUGACGAGUGGAACUAUGACCAUCUGGUGGACUAUAUCAACAGGAAAGCCACGUUAAUAUGAAUAAAAUACUCGAAAUAUCAA